UGCUUUUCAAAAUUGACAGAUGACGUAAAUAUCUAGCUGUCAUGGGGGUGGUGUAAAGAAAAUUUUGUUUUUCUCGGGGAAAAUGGGAGAAUUCUUGGUAUUUAUUGUGGUGUUUUUUCUCAUAAUUUUCGUCAUUUUAUGGGGUUUUAGAAACAUCAUAUCAUGGCUGUUUCGCCGAAAAUACAACGUUUUUCUCAAAAUCGGAAGUAUUAAAUUGCCGUAUUUGAAACUAUGUGAUAUUCAAAUAUCAAAAGACGGGUUCAACAUUCACAUUGAUGAAAUCGGGAUCAAGAGUAGUUUCUUAAAUUCAGAACUCACAAAACUGGUUACUUUGGUGGUAAAAGAUGUGCGAGUCAAUAAGGAUAUUGGCCAAAACUCCGACUUUAUGUCGGUUGAAGAAAACAGUAAAAAUUCGCUUGAUUUCAGAGAUAAGAAAAUACCACAUUUUAUCAAUACUUUUGCACAAUUUAUGGCUGUGCACGUUUACAAUAUAUCAGCAAUGUUACUAAGGUCUGAAACUCCAGGUUGUCUCACUCAUGCAACUGCCUCAGAAUUGAGACUAGACGGUAGUAUUUUAAAAAAUGCGAGACUCUUAUUAGUAAGUUUAAACCUAAUUGAUGCCUCUGCUAAAGUCUUAAGACAUCAAGAAAAUCAAUCAAAGGAGACUUGUCUUGCAGAAUUUAGAUUUGGUGUUUCAAUGGACCUCAUUUUAAUCGCUCAAGGCCCCUUAUCAGUCGAGAAACUUAACUUUAAAAUGUCUCAAACAAGUUCAAUUAUCAACGAUAGUUUUUACAGUCUGGCUCAUAGUAACAAAACUAGAAAACACAACCAAAUUGAGGACGAUUUUUUGCACAGAAUUCUACCAUUAAUCCCAAAGGUGUGCUACAUACAAAUCGAUGAUACUUCUCUAAAAGGAGUCAAAGAAAAUAGCCAAAUUGAGUAUAACUCAUCUUUGAAAAAACUCUCCUUGACUUACAAGUCCUCAAAAUCGGACACUUCAAAUCUCGUCUCUUUUAAUUUCGCCAUGUCCGACCUCCAAUUGCAAAACAGUCGAGAAAAACUCCUCUCGUUAAAGUCGCUCACAAUUGAUGCUAAAUUACGAAACGAUAUUGUCAAUAUUUACUUCCAAAUGAGCAGUUUUUUGCUCACGUACAACCACGACGUGAUUCAUCGUUGGGUCUAUACGAAUUUUCUCAAGAACCGACAAUUCAGUUCAGAAAAAAUCACCGAUUUGGAGCUGUCACCCCAAAACAGUUUUAUCGAGAAUAUCGUCAAGAAAUUGGUGAUAAAUAUUUGUGCAGAGUUUUCACAAGUCUCCGCGACGAUUAAAUUGAGCGGUCACACGUCGUCGAUGGGUUUUAAUCAUGUCAAACUCAUGUUGGAGCAAGCACAGAAACAUCGUGGGCCUUCCUACAACUCGUAUUUUUUCAAUUUAUUGCUACUCGAUCGACAUUGGCAGACCGAAUGUCUGAUUGAGUCGUUCUGGUGGAGUUUCAAGGAGUGGAAUCAGGACACCAACGUGUCGAAAAAGAUGCACAUUUGGGGCACUCCGGUUUAUUUUGUUAAAGUGUUGGUACGCGUGUGGACACAUGAGAACUGCGAAAUGGAAGUUGUCUCGUUUCUGGACAUGGUACAGUUGGAGUGGUCUUUGGAAUUGGCCGAUUGUGUGUUGUUAGCCAUAAAAUGCCUGAAACAGUACGGUUUGGAUAAAAAAAAAUCACACAAAGCGAUUUGUAAAGACUCCAGACCCCAAAUCUACGUCAAUGUUGGUAUCAACCACUUCAAUUGUUUCUUCCAAUCGCAAAACACAGAGUAUUUUGUCGUUCAGCUUAACUCAGUUGAUGUUAUCAAAAAUCUGGACUCGUUAAACAUCCAAUUUGAGGAGUUUAAAAUUUUCACGAUUCACAACACCGGUGCUUAUUAUUGUUGCAUCAGGACUGAGGAUAUUUCAAAUUUUAAAGUUUUUGUAAAGCAGGCACAGGUCGAUUCGAAAAAUAACAAAAACACGAUUAGUCUACUUGAUGAAAUCACUGUUUAUUGGUCCACGAAUUUCCACUUGAAAGCUCUGCUUCUGAUAAGGGACAUUAGCGAGUUUCUGGGUGAGCUUCGCGACGAGUUUGGAUUGAAAUUGGCGAAUUCAAGCAGUGAUAAUGUUUAUAAUUGUGCCGUGAUGGGCGUUUUUUCGUUUCAUGUGGAAAUUUCGGAAAAAUAUUCGGGAAAAGUCUCAAUUGAUUCGCUCAACGUGUCGAAAACGCGUUGCGAUUUAACGGUGAAGAACACCACCGCUGUGAUUUCAAUCGACGGCUGUGACAUUUUCACGAUCAAAGGACUUCAUUUGCAUCGAAUCAAAGACAGUCAAUUAAUACGAGAGGAACGCUUAGAUAAUGAAAAUUUCAAAGUCGCUUGGAACAAAACCUGGAGUUUGUCGAUUGAUUUAUUCAAAGCUGUCUUUCCCUACGAACACAAUUACGCCGAUGCUGUACAAAACGAGUUUAUUUCGGUGUUUAAAUGGCUCAAAAUUGUGCAUAAUCACAAGAAGGUGCCAUUCACGAUUCAUAGUCCACUUCCUAGCGAUUUAUUAAUCAACGUGAAAGAGUUUUUAUUUGAAAUGAGCGAUGAUCCAUUUGAGGUCAAAUUAAGAGACAAUUUUGAAUUACUGGAAGAUGAAUACAACGAGAGUUUGAAACGGCAAAAAAUGUUAAAGGAGAAAGUAGCCGAAUUGUGUAAAACUCAUCUGCAUUUACCGGCCGGUAAAGUCGAAGAAUUGUACAAUAAUUUGAAGAAGAAGAACGCUGAAAUUUACAUUCAACGCUCGAAACAAAUGCUGCGAGCAGCGCCCCCUAGAACCCGGCUUUUCGCCUGGAACAUGACCAAUGUUGAGAUUAUGAUUUUAGCCGAUCCGUCGAUUCACGGCACUGAAAACGUGAUAAAAAUUAUGAAAGAGAUUGACGCUGAUAGUCCCUGGCCUGAGGAGCAGCUCGAUUUUACCACUCUUUGGUGUCGAGUCGUUUCCUUGCGUUGCAAAGAGUGGAAAUUCCAGCUUAGGGAUUUCCCCCAGCCGUUGCUCGAUAUUAGACAGUGUUACAUUUGUGGUCAGUUGGUGGGGGCUGAACAAGUGGCACCAAGACGGGCUGUACGCAGCGUUGUGGUUAAUUUGGGCGAACCAUUCGAACCGUUCACAGUCGAACGAGGAAUGCUACCAUUGAAAUUUUACCAUGAUUUUAAUUGCGAAAUUGAGUCGUAUAGUUACGCUUUUGGGCCUUGUUGGGAGCCGGUUAUUGCGCAAUGUAACUUGAGUUUCGAGAAAAUUCUAGCACCAUCGCGUGACCCUUCACCCCCACUGUCUUUCUGGGACAAAAUGCGUCUUUUAUUACAUGGGCGUUUGACCAUGGUUGUGCAACAAUUAACAGUUUUAUUGCACGCGUCUUUGGACCCAUACAAUACCACCGAGGAGAUGGAAUUGACUUGGAGUCAAGUCGUGAUGGAUUGGACCAAUGCCAAAUUUGUGUAUAAAGGCGACUUAAAUAUUUUUGUCCGGACGGCUUCGAAAUACGACGAUUGUCAACUACUCCAUUUGCCCAACUUGAAGUUAAUCCUGGGUAUCCAAUGGGUGUGUUUGGGUGACCCCAACGACCACCAUAAUGUCAUUCAAUGCGCUCCUGAUAAAAUCCCGGAGUAUUCCAGUAACCAAGUCCAUGAUUCUUUCAGGGCUUUUAGGUCGCAAAAUGUGAACCUUAGUAUCGUACUAGAGACAAAACCGGUCACAAACCAAUCAAAUUUCGACUUCCCUAUGCUUUUACUUUAUGGAAGUACAUUGAGGUGGAUUGAAAAUUUAAAAUUGAUUUUAUCCGGAGUGACAAGACCCACGAAAAGAGGCAAAAUUUUUAAUAAUAUCCGUCCGAGAAAAAUCCAACUUAGUCGCCACUACAAAAAAGUUCAUCUCUUAAUGGGGCUUCACAAAUUCCAGGUUUGUUAUUGGAUGUCGUUUGCCAUGCAACGUGGGUGUGAGUUAAUUGGGGGACGAUUAUCGUCCAGUUCCGAACAUAUGUUAUCGUUAGUGCCCAUCGAUGAUGGGCUAACCCAUCGUCCGAAAGCCGAAUGGUCGAUCGUCUACAUGAAUUCAGAACUGAACGAUUCUGAAAUUUGGCUAAAAAGUGCCCUUCAGGAAGAUUCCGAAUUCGAAGCAAUGUCUUUGAGACAACCAGUGGAGAAGUGUUAUUGUCUCUCAGUCGCCAAGGUUUCCUACGGACGUGAAACAGUGAUACCAACCCGCGAACACAACACUUGUGAACGCAACAAAGACACACCAACCCAUCGCUUGGUCGUUUACGACCUACGAGGUGCAUGGACAAAAAGUAAUCGAAAUGUAGCUUUUGCACUUUUCGACACAUUCAUGAAAAAUAAGCAAAUGAAAAAGAAUUUGUCAACGGAAGCGCUCAAAGCUUUCAGGAAGGAUGGUAACACGACGCCGUUGAAACGACGCAACACAGACGCCCCUGGAACACCCCCAAACUCCUCCAUUCAGACUCUCCAAGCCGCGGCGGCGACUCAAGACGCCCACUCCCCAAGCACUAAAUUACAAUCAGGGCACGCUGCGAAUAUGUUACAGCAGUUAAUCGCCGAGGCUGAUAACAAAGCUGUGGUUUAUAGCGAUGAUUUGUCAUCGGUGACUCGUCAACAACACCUCCAGGGCUUACAAGCGUGUCAAGAAGACGACGUCCAGCAUAAAAACUGGCAAAUUGCGCUCGUGAACGCUCAAGUGUUGCUAAAAGGGUGCGAAACGAAAGGUUACGUGAUUUUGAGUGCUGCCAAAGCUGAGAUUAUCCAAAGGAUACAUCGGCCCGUUUGGAAGGACCGGACUCUAGUCUCGAAAACGACGUGGUCUGGAAUUCUGGAAUGUAUGCAGUAUUAUGCCACGGUCAACGCGGGGGAGAAUGACUCCGUCAAUGAGAAUAUAAUGUGGUUGACUGUUGACAACAUCCAAGAGAAGGAAUCGACUAAUAUUUCCGAACCAUCUGAAGUUCCGAAUAUGGUAGGGAGUGGUGUUUCGGUGGGGGCUGUUGUGAGUGAUACAGUCGGCCCUAGCACCUCUCGUCAAUUACAAAGAAUCGUUUCGAGGUGCAAAUGUGAGUUUUUUUACGCCGGUUAUGGUGACAUUAGUGUCGAUCCGGAGGCGGUGGCUGAAGUCCCACCACCGCCACAGGAGGACGUGGGGCCCUGGGAUCGGCGCCAAAACGCCGUCAAUGCCUUCACAUUGAUGCAUUACGACUUGGAUGUGUGCACCAACUCACUCCAAUACGCAAUGUUGCUCGAUAUUGUCAAUAAUUUGUUACUGUAUGUGGAACCACACCGGAAAGAAGCUUUGGAGAAGUUGGCCAGAAUGCGUUUCCAACAACUGUAUAGUCUUGACGACCAGAGGAGGCCCAUUCAAAAUCAACAAACUUUAGUUAGAACGACUUUUAGUAAAUUACGGAGGUUGGAAAAAGAGACGUAUCUUGUGAGUAAGGCUUUGGCCGAAAACCCCAACGAUUUAGAGUUGGUGCAAGAGAUGAAUCGGUUGGAGAAACAAGUCUACGAGUGCAAAAAUCAACUAAAUGCGCAAAGUGAGGAGUUGGAUAUGAUGCUCUCGUGUUACAAAGAGACGCAAUUGUUGACUAAUAGCCGCCUUGCGACUACUAGAAGUGACAAGCCUUUGACUAUAGUCCGCGCCAAUGAAAUCUGUUUCAAGCAUGCGCAGUGGCGACUCACCGAAGCUGACGGACAAAUCGGAAUUGCGGAUUUAGUCUUGAGCAACUUUUUGUACACCAAAAACUCGAAAAAUGAUGAUUCAGUCGAGCAUUUACUCGAAUUGGGUUACUUAAGAAUGACAAACUUGUUACCGAAUGAGAUCUACAAAGAGAUUUUGUGUCCGAGUGAAAUUCAACACGGAAUGCCGAUUGAAUACAAGAAAGUUUUGCGUAUUUUUUGUCGCGAGAAGCCUCCAGUCGGGGGAAUUUCCGUUAAGGAGCAUUUUGAAAUUAAUUUAGUGCCUCUCACAGUCGGUAUGACUAAGAAAUUUUACAGCACAAUGAUGAAAUUUUGCUUCCCUGAACGCGAGAGUGAAAAUGCUGAUUAUUCCGAUAGGGUGAGCGACGACGGUAACGAACCUAAGAAAAAAUCCAAAGCGCAGAAACGUAACCGGGAUUCGAAUUUCUACGUGUUGAUCGACGAUGUGGAAAAAAUGAAAGAACGGGCUGAGAAAAACAAACUUUUUGUGUAUAUCAAAAUCCCUGAAGUGCCAGUUAAAGUCAGUUACAAGGGGAAUAAAGAGAAGAAUCUCGAAGAUUUGCGAGACGUGUCUCUUGUGAUUCCCACUUUGGAGUAUCAUAAUAUGACUUGGACGUGGCUAGAUUUCCUGAUGGCAAUUAGAAACGACACGAAACGUGUGAUAUUCUCCCAAGCAAUCAAACAAAAAUUGCAAAUCAAACGAAAUACCGGGUCAUUGGAUGAAAGUUCCUCGCCCCAAGAAGAAGACAAAGCAAGGAUGUUGUUUGGUGCAAGACAUGCACCGGAAAAUAAAAGUAUUAGGAAGGGGGUUGGUGGGGUGUUCAAGUUUGGCAAAUGACGAAAAUUGAAUAAAUUUUAGUUUUUAUGUAAAUUAUUCUAUUUAUGCGUAAGUGUGCUUCGCAAAUAUAUUUAUUUUGUUUGUUAUA